AUGUCGACCGCUGUUGCGCCUGCCACUGCAGCGCCGUUGGCUUCUCCGCAUAUGAAUCGCGACCACAGCCCCAAAAACUGCCCAACAUUGGUCCCGUCGUCGACGUCCACCCCGACAAGGAUGUCUACUGCCUCCCAGGAUGGAUCGGCAACACGACGCUCGCCUACCGACAGGAAGCGCUCCCCAAUAACGCAGAGCGGAAAUGGUCCUUCCAAGGUCGUCGUCAAAAAAGAACCUCCCUCCCCUCCCGGCAUGCAGUCUCGUCCACGACCCCGCAAACUCGACCUGUCGAUCACAUCGGACCGGCUGUCCGCGCGGGCCCCUGGCGGGCCCAUGACGGCCCGCGAGGGAGUACGGAUGCAAGACGUCGGGCUGGCCUGUCUAUCGCCGGGUUUCCAGACCCAUGAUCCGGUCAUGCGAGAACAGCUGCAGCGCAGCCUCAGCGUCCGGGACCAACAACGCUCCAUUAUCGAGGCCCGACUACACAAAACUCCCAAGGACGACGGCUCGGGGGAAGUCGGCAAGCCGUCCGACUCGUCUCUCUUCACGCCCGCCCGGUCAGGCUCUAAACGACGUCCCCCGCCGGGCCUGUCCAUCGUGCCUCCGUCCGCGUCGCAUUUUGCCAACGAACGAGUCAUCCAGUCGGCACCGCUCAACCAGACAUUCACAGGCCGCCACGACCCGCCGCCCAUGACCCGCCAUCUGGUCAACAACACACCGCAUCUAGGUUCCUCAUCGCAUAUCCACCAUCUCCCCGCCACUCAAACCAACAACCGCUUGCCCCCGCUGUCCGACGUCUUUGGCUCGGAUGCGCUGGGUGCGCGGGAUCGUGACAGCCGCCCAGGCUACUACCAAGGCGGCACCGCCUCCGGUUCUAGCUCAUCUCAAUCUAACAACCUUCCCCCGGUCCCUUCGCCCGGUCUGCCCCCCAGCACUAUCUUGUCUCGCCCGCGUGAAUAUCGCUCCGCUGAGGAAGCCGUGCACGAACUGUCCGGUGGACGUGAGGACCUGCUACCGCGCAUCGUACAUUAUGGAGGGCACCAACCACCCACUCCGCCAUCUCCGCAUCUUCUCGGUGGCGGGACCGUCCAUAAGACUUCUACUGCUAGUGGUGGGGGCAGUUAUCCGAGCGCCGACGCCACCACCUCCGCCGCGGCCGCCAGCCUUGGUGGCCCACCAUCUUCAUAUCUACACCCCGCCGAUGGCACCGCCCGCCGCCGGCCAAGGAGCGAGUAUGAACAGGACAAUGGCAGCCCGCCAUUAGGCUACGGGCCGGAAACACAGCACCGGUCGAACCCUGCGCUGGCCUCAUCCUCCGGCGCCAGCAGUGCCGGCUAUGGCCCAUUUGGGGCCGGGCGUGACUCGCCCGAGACUCAACGACGAAAGAAGGAAGAAUUUCUAAGUCUCUGCGCAAGAGCUUGGGAUUUAUUCCAUUCGUGA